UGCGUUAUUAUUUGUCAAUUAGAACUAUGGAAAUAGUGAGAAAUAUUAAUUAAUUAUUUAUAUAAUUGUUCCAUAUAGAAUUUACACAAAAAAUAAUUUAAGUAGUGUUAAUAAAUAUUAUAAAUUUUGAAUGUUUUGAAAUUUUAAGGUUAAGGAUAUCCUGCUAAAUGGAGCAGGUCAAGAAGAGACCAGAAUUGCUUCAUUGCAAUCGGUCUCAUAAUAUAUUAAAGGACUUAAUGUUCAGAGACUUUGGAUUUUUAUAUUAUAAUUGUUGUAAAACUAAAACACGUGGAUUAGAAUCAAUUGCUGAAAUGAAUCUUGUUGGAAAAAAGCAUAAAGAAUUGGAAUAUGAUCUACCAGGAUAUCCUAAAGCAACAUUUUUAAUGGUUUUCAGUCCUGAUGGCACAAAAAUAGCAUCAGCACAUGGAAAUCAUAGUGUUUAUAUUACUGAUGUAGCUACUAGGAAAAAUAUUAAAAUUCUUUCUGGUCAUCCACGUACUCCAUGGUGUAUCACAUUUCAUCCAUCCUCUAGUCACAUAUUAGCUUCUGGUUGUCUUGGUGGUCAAGUUCGAGUUUGGGAUUUAAGGGAUGGUAGUAAAGUUUGGAAUGCAGAAAGUCAAACAGUCAUAGCUUCUCUUGCUUUCCAUCCAUUUGAAAAGUUACUUGUUAUAGCAACAAAUAAUGAAAUACAUUUUUGGGAUUGGAGUCGAUCUGAACCCUUUGCAGUAAUAUCUACUAAAACUAACAUAGAAAAAGUAAGAUAUGUAGCUUUUGACAAUUUAGGAAGGAAAUUAAUCACAGGAAUUGGAAAUGAUUAUAUAAGAGAAUCAAGAUUAUUCAGAUCCCGUUUAAGGUAUGGUAGGAUGUAUAAUAAUCAAAUAUCAAAUAACUAUUCGGAAACUGCUCAAAAUGAAACAGUUCAAUCCUUUAGAACCAUUGAAGAGCCUUCACACAGUACUCAAUCAAGUUUACGUGAUGCUGUAACAGUAGAUAGUGAUGUUAUAUUACCAUAUAUCUGUAAUUGGCAAACAGAAAGAAGACGAGGAGGAUUGAAUCUUUCACGUGAUGAUGAUGAAAGAUCUUUUUCAGAAGAUGUCUCAGCAGUAGUGAGGAACUUUUCAGGAAUUUCCGGAUAUCGUGUCCAAGCAUGGGAUUUUUCUAAGGGAGAAAUACCAGAUAUCACGAAUUCUGAAAAAAAUAUUGUUAUACACAAGUGUAAAAUACGUAAUGAUGCUAGUAUAAAUAUUUCUUCGGAUGGUAAAUUAUUGGCAACAUGCUUUAUGAGAGCUGCAGGAGUUUAUAGUUUACAAUGGGAAACUUUAGGAGAAGAAAUUUAUUGGACAGAAGUAUAUAAUUCUGUGAUUUCUGUUUCAAUUUCACCAACACAAGAACAUCUUUUAGUAGGUCUAGCAAGAAGUGGUAUGAGAAAUGACUAUACAAUGGCUAUUAUUUAUAGACUAACGCAUAAACAAUCCCAGAAUGACAAACCAUGUAUUCAAGAUAUGGAUUUUAAUCUAGCAAAAUAUUUACAUUUUAUGAACUCCAAUAAAAGAAACACUAUGUUAUUAGUUAGAGAUUUAUUACAAAAUAAUCAAUCAACUAGAGAACACACAAGUAUAAAUUGUAUCAGAUGGGCACCACAACCUGGCCAAGGCCUAGUUUAUGCUACCAACACUGGUCGAUUAGCUAUUCUUCAUUAAUAUAUUUGUAAUAUUAUUGUAAAAAUAUAAAUUUCUGUAUUAA